GCAGAGCCAAGGCCUGACGCAAUCCAGCGCGCUAGUGACUGUACCCGGCUAGCGUUGAGUACUCGCGAGGAAGGUCCCCGCGCCAAGACGAUCGUAGCUACCAAAGUUGAACCUCGCGUUGAUCAUUGACGGCGCAGCGCAGCAACAUACCUCCCACCAUGGACGACAAAGAAGAGACCAACGAGCCCCUCGAUCUCGUGCGCCUUUGCAUUGAUGAGAUUGUCGUCGUCAAACUACGAGGCGAUCGCGAAUUGAAGGGCAGACUACACGCGUACGACUCGCAUUGCAACCUCGUUCUCGGCGACGUCGAAGAGACAAUAUUCGUGGCGGAGGAGGAGGAGGAUGACCAGGAACCGCGCGUGCGGACGGUGAAGAAGCAGAGCGAGAUGCUAUUCGUACGAGGUGAUUCGGUCGUUCUCAUUGCACCCGCAGAGGGCGCGUCGCAGGCAGGACGGAGGCAACGACUCACGGACCAACCCUAUGCCGACGUAAGCAUUGAGAUACCCGAGCGACCGCACGGCGAGGCAGGCAUCAGUGGUGGAUACCGAUUGGCUGAGCGCACAAACGCGGGCUGGAAGGAGGCUGGUUGAUGGGGCGACGCCGUAUGCGAACGCUUGAUCUGGAGGCAAUGAGUCACUGAGACCGCUUUGUCGGUCUACUUGGAGGUCAGUUGACCAGGCGACCGUCUUAUAGGCCCCCAGCA